CGCAGAAUCGUAUCAAACACAGUUCGACAAACAAGGCAGUUUGCAACGCACAGCACGCACCAGUCGGCGCGAAUCUUUUUCCAAAGUAAUCAAGAUCGAGAUUAAGAGACAGACCGAAUCCAAGAUGCGCUCCCACGCAAUCACUUUGCUCGUGUUCGGAAUAAUGGCCGUGGCUUUGGCAACACCGCUACCGGGGGGCCACCAUCAUGAACACGUCGUGAUUCAUGUGCCUUACAAAGUGCACACGAUUCACCAUCAUCAUGUGAAGAAGGUGCACGUACCGGUACAUCACGUCGAAAAGGUAUCCGUUCCUGUUCCAAUUCCGAUACAUCACGUCGAGAAGGUACCUGUUCCAGUACCUGUGCAUCACGUCGAGAAAGUUCCCGUACCUUACCCGGUUGUAGAAAAAGUUCCCGUACCUGUUCAUGUGCCCGUACAUGAAGAGAAGUUUCAUGGGGGUUGGUAUUAGACAACGCUUUAUCGUAAUUAUCUUAGGUUAUUAUACAAGGUGGAAUUCGAGUAAAUAAAACAAAUAGAAAAUUCAUUCUCCUCAAAACGGACUUAAGAUAAGGAGUUUUUCUCAUCGAAUACAAAUGAAAACGAAACCGAGCAGUACAAAAUUACUCGAGCCCCCUGUAUAGCAUUUUAAGAUUUAGCAUAAGAACCAAAUACUCUGUAUACACGCGUGUAUAUUAACGAAGAUACUUGUACAUA